AUGACUAUCGAAGAAUUUAUAUAUAAAUCUGGUGUGGCGGGAGUCUCUGAACCUGAAAUGGAUACUUUUACUGUAAAUUUUACGUAUAAGACAAGUGUAAGGUCUAUACCUGAUUCUUGGGAUUGGUCAAAAUUAGGGAAAGUAUCAGCAGUUGGAAAUCAGGGCUCUUGUAGAUCUUGUUGGGCAUAUAGUGCCACGGGCGUAAUGGAAGGACAAUACGCUAUUAAAUACAAAAAACUAGUAACCCUUUCAACUCAACAGUUGAUUGACUGUAUGCAUCAAGGAAAAGGGUGCUUGGACAGCAUGACAUUUCCCCACAUUGCAAUUAAUUCAGCAGCAAAGAAAGGAGGUAUUAUGCCAGAUUCUGAAUACCGCUACCUGGGUUUCCAGACAGCUUGUCGUUUCGAUGUAACAAGGGCAGUUGCAAGGAUUAAAAAUGCUCUUAGAUAUGUCGUCACCGGUGAAGAGCAACUGCGAGAAUUGGUAUACAGUUAUGGACCAGUAGCAGCAGGAUUUUUAAUUAGCAGUGGUUUCCCGAAAUACAGAAGAGGGAUUGCAACGGCUGAAAAUUUUCAGUGUAACGUUAGAAGAUUACUAAAUCAUUCCGUGCUUAUUGUUGGAUUUGGGACUGCUGAAGGGGUCCCCUAUUGGAUAAUCAAGAAUAGUCAUGGUGCCCAUUGGGGAGAACAGGGCUACUUCAGACUAAAGAGAGGAGACAACCCCUGCAAUCUAAUGGACUAUAUUGCCACUGUUUAUCUGUUGUGA